UAUAUAUUACAACAUGCAUCUCGAGAUAUCUGGCAACAGAGGGAAGGUAGGCCAAGGUCAUGGAGGUAGGUCGCAGCUCUCAGGCGCCGACCAUCCAUUCAUCACCCCUACGGGAUUUGCGUUGAGGGCGUUGGAUUGGGGGACUGGGGGGUGUAUGUGUGGCGUAUAUUUUUUUUGUGGAUGUGUGUGUGUGUCUGUGUAUAAACCCAUAGUGUGUCUCUGUUCCGCGGCCUUGAUGUAUUUGCCGUCGCUAGUCAGUCAAUCAAUCAAUGUUAUAUAGCCCUUAAUCACUAGUGUCUCAAAGGGCUGCACAAACCACUACCACAUCCUCGGUAGGCCCACAUAAGGGCAAGGAAAACUCACACCCAGUGGGACGUCGGUGACAAUGAUGACUAUGAGAACCUUGGAGAGGACGAAAGCAAUGGAUGUCGAGCGGGUCUAACAUGAUACUGUGAAAGUUCAAUCCAUAGUGGAUCCAACACAGCCGCGAGAGUCCAGUCCAAAGCGGAUCCAACACAGCCGCGAGAGUCCAGUCCAAGCGAGAGUCCCGUCCACAGCGGAGCCAGCAGGAAACCAUCCCAAGCGGAGGCGGAUCAGCAGCGCAGAGAUGUCCCCAGCCGAUACACAGGCAAGCGGUACAUCCUGGGUCCCGACUCUGGACGAGCGGUCCAUCCAGGGUCCCGACUCUGGACAGCCAGAACGUCAUCCAUGGCCAUCGGACCGGACCCCCUCCACAAGAGAGAGUGGGACAUAGGAGAAAAAGAAAAUAAACUGCAGAUCAACUGGUCUAAAAAGGGAGUCUAUUUAAAGGCUAGAGUAUACAAAUGAGUUAGUCCAAAGUUCACAACAACAUAAACUUUUUUUUGUUUUUUUUUUGCAAAUAAUAAUUAACUUAGAAUUUCAUGGCUGCAACAUGUGCCAAAGUAGUUGGGAAAGGGCAUGUUCACCACUGUGUUACAUCACCUUUUCUUUUAACAAUACUCAAUAAACGUUUGGGAACUGAGGAAACUAAUUGUUGAAGCUUUGAAAGUGGAAUUCUUUCCCAUUCUUGUUCUAUGUAGAGCUUCAGUCGUUCAACAGUCCGGGGUCUCCGCUGUCCUAUUUUACGCUUCAUAAUGCGCCACACAUUUUCGAUGGGAGACAGGUCUGGACUGCAGGCGGGCCAGGAAAUUACCCGCAUUUUUUUUUACAAAGCCACACUGUUGUAACAUGUGCUGACUGUGGUUUGGCAUUUUCUUGCUGAAAUAAGCAGGGGCGUCCAUGGAAAAGACAGCGCUUGGAUGACAACUUAUAUUGCUCCAAAACCUGUAUAUACCUUUCAGCAUUAAUGGUACCUUCACAGAUGUGUAAGUUACCCAUGCCUUGGGCACUAAUGCACCCCCAUACCAUCACACAUGCUGGCUUUUGAACUUUGCGUCGAUAACAGUCUGGAUGGUUCCCUUCCCCUUUGGUCCGGAUGACACGAUGUCGAAUAUUUCCAAAAACAAUUUGAAAUGUGGACUCGUCAGACCACAGAACACUUUUCCACUUUGCAUCAGUCCAUCUUAGAUGAUCUCGGGCUCAGAGAAGCCGGCGGCGUUUCUGGAUGUUGUUGAUAAAUGGCUUUCGCUUUGCAGAGUAGAGUUUUAACUUGCACUUACAGAUGUAGCGACUAACUGUAUUUAGUGACAGUGGUUUUCUGAGGUGUUCCUGAGCCCAUGUGGUGAUAUCCUUUAGAGAUUGAUGUCGGUUUUUGAUACAGUGCCGUCUGAGGGAUUGAAGGUCACGGUCAUUCAAUGUUGGUUUCCGGCCAUGCCGCUUACGUGGAGUGAUUUCUCCAGAUUCUCUGAACCUUUUGAUGAUAUUAUGGAGCGUAGAUGUUGAAAUCCCUAAAUUUCUUGCAAUUGCACUUUGAGAAAUGUUGUUCUUAAAGAGUUGACUAUUUACUCACGCAGUUGUGGACAAAGGGGUGUACCUCGCCCCAUCCUUUCUUGUGAAAGACUGAGCAUUUAUUGGGAAGCUGUUUUUAUAACCGAUCAUGGCACCCACCUGUUCCCAAUUAGCCUGUGGGAUGUUCAAAAAUGAGUGUUUGAUGAGCAUUCCUCAACUUUAUCGGUAUUUAUUGCCACUUUUCCCAACUUCUUUGUCACGUGUUGCUGGCAUCAAAUUCUAAAGUUAAUGAUUAUUUGCAAAAAAAGUUUGAACAUCAAAUAUGUUGUCUUUGUAGCAUAUUCAACUGAAUAUGGCUUGAAAAUGAUUUGCCAAAUCAUUGUAUUCUGUUUAUAUUUACAUCGAACGCAAUUUCCCAACUCAUAUGGAAACGGGGUUUGUAGAUUUCCUGUUUGUUUUUCUUCUCGCACACUGAAUCCAGCACGGGAAGUUUCAGGGAGUGAAAGACCCUUAAAGGCAGUGUACAUAUUUACAUAAAGCUCUCUGAUGUAUAUGUAGAAUAAAUAUCAAGUGAUAAUCUAUGAUAUAUUAGCCAUCAUCCCCCUUCUUUUCUAUUUGACAUUACAACGUUGAAUGUACAGUACGGACUGUGUCGGUUUUACUUUUCAAGUGAUGUACUUUGCACUUUUAUUUUGUAAAAAAAAAAAAAAAAAAAGUCUAUUAUUUUAUUUAUUUAUUUUUAUUUUUUUUGGGACUUCCUUUGGAUCAUUUUGAGUGCAGCUGCAUUCUCCAACCCUUUUGACUCGACCGAGAGCAGCAAAGUGUGAGAGACAAUUGGUUGAAAUAUUCAAAAUGUGCACAAAUGAGGGGGACGCAGGGCAGUGCAGGACCUUUUGUGUGUGGUGGGGGGAGGAUUACCAAAAUAAAAGCCAUUUAACUGCACUGCAACACAAAGCUCCUCUUCUGACAAUUCCCUACCAAAGUAUGCACGGAAAAAAACUUAGCAACGUUCCCUGUCGAGCUCCAAAUUCCUGCCAAGCUGCCCUUUGGCAAAGCAAAGCUGUGUGAAGUGUAGAAGGAUCCUAGCUGCCUUUGUGUGUAUCAACUGCCUGCUUGACUUUUUGCUGUUCUGUAAACUCGUAAAACUCUUCGGGCUCUUUUCUCCCACCGUCGUCAUCACGGUUUGCCAUGUUCAACCUUCAUUUUGGAUUGUUGUUUUCUUUUCUUUCUUUUUUUUUUACAUUCUUUUGACCAUGUUUUUUGCCGGUUGCGUUACACUUUGUGUAGUGAUUCACGCUGUGGAGUUUUCUGACUGUUGUUAUAUAACUUCAUAUACACAAAUGAUCAAUAAAAAUGUUUUAUUUCCUGUU